UAAGUUUGAAUAUGCAUCGAUUUUGCUUCGACCAUGAGGAUAAUUUGCACAGUACCGCGUUGGAAAUAUAGCUGCAGGACUUUCAUCGUGCCUCUCACAACUUUUUUCUAUUGUUAACUUCCACAUUGCGUGGCCAUGAAUGCGGAGAAGCCACACUUUCUGUCUCAACCUGAAGUCAAAAAUAUCUAUUUCUUUCGGAAUGGGGAUCCGUAUUUCCAGCCCAGGCGUUUGGUGAUCAAUGCGAAGAGAGUGUCGACAUUCGACACACUGUUGCGGGAGGUGACGGGCGGCGUUCAGGCUUCGUUUGGAGCGGUGAGGAACAUCUACACGCCGAAAGGAGGACACAGGGUAGACUCACUGGAACACCUGAGGAGCGGAGAACAAUAUGUGGCUGCUGGACGAGAGAAGUUCAAGAAAAUAGAUUAUUUACAGAUAGGAACCAGGAAGAAAAGAACACUUCAGCCCAAUGGACUGUUGAAACCUGUGCCUCAGAGUCGCAUAAUAGUGUCUGCCAGAUUCCUCAAACCCAUCAAAGAACCUUGUGCAAUAUUUGUUGUGGCAAAUGGAGAUGUCCUGAAUCCAGCAGUUAGGUUUCUGAUUCCGAACUGUGUGAUUGGCCAGUUUGAACGUAUUCUAGAGAUGAUCACUGAGAAAAUGUGGCUACGAAUUGUGGGGGGUGUGAGGAGCCUGUACACUUUUGAUGGAACUCUCAUUAUGGAGGGAAAGAAGUUGGAAAAUGGACAGUUUUAUGUCGCUGUUGGCAGAGACAAAUUUAAAAGACUUCCAUACAGUGACCUCCUGUUUAAUAAGCCCAUUGGCAUGAAGAGAGUUAAUGGGUCAAAAGCAGCAUCACUACCACCUAUAUAUAAAUACAGAAGACAAAAUGGAGAUAACCACCUGAGUAAGUCUGUGGUGGGUGGCAGUGGACAGGAUAAAACCAGUGCCCCAGCACAGAGCUCCAAAGAACAGUUAUCAUCCUUUGUCAGAGAGGUCUCUCAGGCCAGACUCAUGACCAUUCGCAAGAAGAGGAGUGGUCUCACAGCAUCUCGUAGCACUCAGGAGAAUGAUGAUGAAGAGGACAUGGGUGGAGAUGAUGACAAGUCUUCACCAGAGGAGGGUUCAGGAGUUGAACAGGAGGCAGAAGAGUCAAGUCCAGACCCUGAGCAAGAGGAUAACUCUCAAGAACAUACUACUGAUAUAGACGGCUCAUCCAAAACAGAUACCACAGAAGAGCCGGCUCACUCUGAACCAGCUGAUCCAGACCAAAGCAUUGAGGAAUCACCAUUCAACAGAGAAGAAGAGAAGAAACCAGAGGAUGAGAACACAGAAGAUGAUGAGAAUAAAGAUAUGGAAGAGGAAGAAAAGAUAGAAGAUGAUGAAGAGAUAAAAGAGGAGGGAGAGACAUCAGAACUAGAGGCAAAUGAUACUGAGAAUAAAGAGAUGGAAGAGGAAGAAAAUAAAGAAGAUGAUGAAGAGAUAAAAGAGGAGGGAGAGACAUUAGAACUAGAGGGAAAUGAUACUAAUGAAGAGAAGCAGGAAGAGGAAACAAAAGCUGAUGGAGAGGAGACACAGAAUGAAGAGACUGCGGAAGAAUCUGAAGAGCAGCAAGUGGAAGGAGAAGAGGAGAUAAAUGAGGAGAAUGAAGGAAAUCAGACGGAAGAGACUCCAGAUCAGACUGAGGAGGUAUCGGCAAAUAAUGAAUGAGAGGACGAUGAAACUUAUACUGUGUCCUUACCAGGCGUGAUGAGAAAAGUUUACAGCGACAAACAAUUUGUCCACACUGAAGUUGAAACUGUUGACGUGACGUGAAACAAUCACAGCCAAUCAGAAAAUAUUUGUCUAAUGUCUAAUGUACGGUUAUGUGGAGCGGGAUUUAGAACAAUGAGAUUUCAUAGUUGGUGGGGCUAUCUAGUGUGACACCGUAGAAAUAGAAACCAGGUGAUCUACAAAAUGUUGCAGCUGGUUUGGACAAAAACUCUUGAACUCUUUAAUAACAUGUUGCUUUGUCUUGUCUGGUUAGGAAACGAUGUUUAGAUGAAAGACUAAUUACUUUGAGUACUACUAAUGUAUUCAUAUUAAUAACUUAUUUAAAGAGCACCUAUUAUGGUUUUUCAAAUAUUACCUUUCAUGUAGUGUGUUAUAUAGCUGUUUGUGAAUGUAAAAAAGUCCGCCAAGUUUCAAAAAUCAAAGGGCAUGACAAAUGGAGUUAUUGAUUCCCUAAAGAAAGAACCAAUUCUGAACACCUAAAACGAGUCGUUAGUAAUUCCAGACUUACUUCCUGUACUAACCUACGUAAUUUGGUAACAAAAAACCCACCUCUGGUCUUCAUUGGCUGCUCGCGAACAGCUUUGACCCACCCUCAAACACUACACUAAGCAGUAGACCAAUCACAACAGACUGGGACAUCUGACCAAUCAGAGCAGAGUAGGCUUUCUGAAAGGAGGAGUUCAGAAUGAAUCCUUUAGAACGGAUCAUUGAACGAGUUGUUUUUGACACUGGGAAAAUAAGGUAAUGCUGCAAUUUAAAUUAUGAGCAAAUUAAAGUGUUUUUUGACAUUGGAUGCAUGUAAAUCUAUUGUAUGAGACCUUUAAAACAAAAUUAGGCACAUUUAAAAACAAUAAUAGGUGCUUUUUAAUUGAGAUUAUAAUACGAACACAUUUAAUAACAGCUAAAAUAGCUAGUUAGGAUUUAAGAAAAUAUCUAUUCUCCAUAUUGUAAUAAUACAAGCUCCAAUACUAAUAUCUGCUUAAGCUAGAUGUAAUGAUGUAAUGUUAAAACAUCAGUCCUAAAUGAUUAGCUACAUGUAUUCUCAUCUGGAUACAGUUGACUGGUUCUGUCCUUCCGUCCAUCCAUCCAUCCAUCCAUCCAUCCAUCCAUCCAUCCAUCUAUUUACAUACCUUCAGUCACAGACAGCUGUGCAAGUCACUCUAGAUUUUUCAAAGGAUGUUCAGUGUAAAAUUUGUCUGGGAACAGUUUUUCAAGGUGAUGGUACAGGGGGAAUAUGGCUGAAAACAGAGAAUUAGGAGAGCCACUUGAAUUGUUAUACAACAAUGGUAUUAGGUAUAGCUAUAACAGGAAUAGUUCACCCAAAAAUUUAAAUGAAUUUUAAAUCGUUUACUGGUACUCACCCUUAUGUUCCACACUGGACACUCUUCCUUGUAACACAAACUAUUCUGAGGAAUAUUGAUGCUGCUCAUUUCCAUUAAAGGUUUAGUUCACCAAAAAAAAUGAAAUUCUGUCAUUAUUUACUCACCCUAAUGUUGCUCCAAAUCCACAUGCUGUGGAACAAAAAAGAUGAAUUUUUAAAAAGUCUUCAUACUGUUUAUUUGCCGUAAUGACAGUGAAUAGUGACCCCACUCUGUCAAUUUCAAAAAAUAAAACUCUGUAAAACCAAUAGUAAACCAAAGUAAAAUCAAUGUGACUCAUGACGCACUAUAUUCCAAGUCUUCUGAAGAAAUACAGUCACUUUGUGUGGAUCAUAUUGAAGUCAUUAUUUAAUCUCAAAUCAUAUUUCUAAAGUAAAAUGUUUAUAUCAAAUAUGGCUGCUAUGUCAGUAACAUCAAACUUCAUUGGGGUCACGAGACAUGAGUCGAAUCGAUUAUUUUACUGUGGUUUUAUGGUGAUUUUUAUUUUUUUUAUUUUUUUUGAGCUUGACAGACCGACGUGAAGACCAUGUGAAGACUUUUUUUUUUUUUUAAAUCACUAAACCAUUGUGACCAGCAGAAGUCAAGAAUUUCAUUGAAAAUUGACUUAACGGUGCACUUAGUAACUUUUAUCUUCGUGUCAUAUUGGACUUACACUGACACCUAGUGGCUUGGAUGCAGCAUCAAUUUAAAAUCAAUAGUUUUUAGUUGCAGAUGCCAUUGUAGAAAUGUAGUAUUCACAGUCAGCCAUGAUUACUUUAAUCAAUGAGUGAAAGUGUCAAAUAACAGGACGGUUACUGAAAUUAAGCGAGUA